AUGGGCUGGCUGGCGGUGGUGGUGGGGCUGCUGGUUGCGUGGCCGCUUUUCGUGGGUGGCCACGGCGAGGCGGUCACCGAUGCCAUUGCCGAGCUGCUCGGCCCUGUGGGCCAGCUCCUCCUCCCUGUCGGGCUCCUCCUCUCCUCGGAUCACGGCCCUGGUGUGUUUGUGUUCGGCGGCUCGCCCGACACCGUGCUACACGUCGGGGGAUCCCCCAUCGGCAUGGUGGUCAUGUUGAUCCUCAUCCUCGCCCUUCUCUACUACCGGUCCGUGCUCUUCGGCGGUGGCAGAGACGACGACGAGUAA